AUGCCUAAACCACUGGUGCUAACAGUUCUUCUCUCUAUACUCAUAGACACAGUCAAGUCAGGGACAAUUCAUCUGGACAACGAGCCGGGUGGCGGAGGAUUCUUCGAUAUUAUUGAGGGACAAAACUUCAAAAUCCAGUGUAUUUCGGACGAGCCGGUGGAGAGUGAAGAUGAUGUCAAAUGGACAACAGUAGACAAUAAUGAAAUUGACACGGCUUCAAUGAGGUAAGGCAGAACCUUUUGUGCAAAAACGACCAGAUUUCGCCAACUUUUGGCAAAAAAACCUUUGUAUGAUAGUUUGAAGCGUGAGCUAGGAAUCUCAAACACGUCUUAAAAAAUAAUCCCAAUUUUUGCCAAGAUUCAUCUGAUUCUGGGCACCGGGCUUGGAGCACUUUCUCUAUCGUUUCAUAAUCUUCUAACGAUAAGACAACGAAUUUACAAAGCCAUUUUAUAAUUUACAAGACUGACAUCGGCGUACCAGUCUGUUGGGAAAAUAAUGAGCACAAUGUAACUGCGCCGAUCGUGUCGAUGAAGUGAAAAGCAGUUUAAUUUUUUCGCGACAAAAUUAUCUUUUUUUUGGCGGCGGUACGAUUUUUGAUGCGACAGAAUGCUCAUUAUUUUCCCGACAUAAUUAUAUCUCUUUUCAGUCGGUUCACAAUCCCAAUGCGGUUGCAAAGCGGGAAUGUCCGCCGAACUCUGAUCUUCACUCGAAUUCAGCCUCACGACGAAGGAACCUACUACUGUCAGCUGUUUGACCGAGGGGAACUAGUGAAAAGGAUUGACGUGAACAUCAGAGUGAGCAGUAAGUCCAGCCUUGUCUCUACUUCAAUACAAUAUUCUUCCAGAACCCGUUGUGUGGAGCUCAAAUGCCACAGAACUUGGUGGAAAAGUUGGUGAGCCCUUGACUAUUGACUGUGGAACAAAGUCAAAUCCUGAAGCCGGAAUUGAAGCCUAUGACCAGUACGAUGUCAUACUGAGCAAAUCGGAGCUAAAGUUUGUCAGAGCUAACAAUGAAUUUACUAUUCCGGCGUUGACUGACAAAUACCAAAACGCAGAAGUCACUUGCAGCGCGUAUGUGACAAUGCCAAAUAUGGUGACAAGAGUCUUCAGUAAAACAGUGAAGAUCAAGGUUUGGAGUAAGUGACUUAAAAUUAGAGACUUUUAAACUUUUCACUCUUCUGGGAAAUUUGCCAGAUAAACUUUUCAAUCAAUAUGCGCCCCAUAGGGCACAUAUCGAUUACUGAAAGUUUUCGCUCUUUUUUAUGAACAGCCGAGCUGUUCAACGAUCUUUUUGGCCGAGAGAAUACGCAAAACGCGGAGAGCGGAAAGAGGGAAAAACCCUUUUUGCUUAUAUUUUUUCCAGCUUCGUACUGAAAGAAUUGAUUUUUUGUGGAAACAUUGCCGUCUGCGGUAUAAAAAGACAUAAAACUUUUGAUGCAAAAACUUUGUAAAAAACUAUAAUUUUUUGGCAAAUUUCUGUCUCACGAACAUAGCCUAAAAAAGACAUUUUUUUUAGAAGAAUUGUCUUACAAAUGAGCAUGAAGCAGAACCACGGGAAACUCGAUUUACAACUUCUUUAUUCCCAAUCUAUUUUCAGAAAAGCCCGAGUUCAAGCCGACGCACAGUACCGUCUACGCGGUUCCCGGGCAAACCGCCCGAAUCCGUUGUGAAGUCGAGAGCUCGGUUCCGGAUGUUGUGAAUUUCCAGUUCAUGAAAGCCGGUCACAUUCUCCAAACCAGCUCGGAAUACCGAGUAGACAGUUUUCCAUCCAAAAAUUACGCUGUUUUGAGCAUCGUGGAUGUGCAAGAUGAGGAUCUGGGAACGUAUAGAUGUGUAGCUCAUAAUGCAAUCUUGAGCAGUCACAUCGAUAUUCAGCUGGAGACAGCUAGUAAGGGACUUACAAAGCUUGUUUUUUUUCAUUUUGAUUACUAUAUAUUACUAGUUUUUUAUCAUUAUUUCUUACUAAAAUCAUCUUUCACUUUCCAGAGCCUCCGAUGCAGCCUAAAGUCACUUUCCUCGGCUUCGAUGACGGCGAAACAACUUGGGAAAUUGAAAACGAUGAAGACAACGAGCUUCCAGUCCUCAAUUAUGCAAUUCGCUAUGCAAUCGAACGACUAAAUACCACGUCAACGCAAAAUUUGGUAAGAAUAUUAAUCAGAAAUAAAAAAAUUUUUGAAAUUUAGAAACCCGGCGAUAACUUGGCGAGGGAAUGGCUUCGACAAAAUUAUCAUGCCGCUUCGGAGAUUGUGGUCAAGAAAGGUGUGUUUCUUCUCUAAUAGGUUUUAAAAUACGAGUUGAAUAAGCAGGAGUGCUUUAGAAGACCCACUCAAAUCGCGACUUUCAGAUUUCUUUAGAUUUUCACACACAUUAGGCUACCGAAACUUACUAAAAAGUGUUGCAUUUUUGCCGGCUUUUGAUCUAAAAAUCUCGGUCCACCUCUGAUUGGCUGAGUUUCCAAUUUUGUUAGCCCAAAUCUUUUCACAGACACCUCAACGCCUACUAUCCUCAAUUUCAGCACGUUCCAACAUCUACAAGAUCAGCGGACUCUUCAAAGAGAAGCGCUACAUGUUCGAAUUCACUCCUCGAAACGCCGCCGGCACUGGCGAGCCCUUUUAUGUCACGGUGAAUCUCGAAAAGCUCUCAGAAGUCAGCUCAACACUCUCAGUAGCACCAUUCAGCUUGUUUAUCACAUUAUUGUUUUUGACUUUCUAUGUAUUUUGA